AGCCAUAAGAGGGUUGAUGGUGGCCCGGGUUGGCCUCAGUAGCACAGUCGCGCGCCAAACUCUCGAAGGAAAGCACGUACUCGGUUCAACGCGCUUCCGCACCUUCCUUCUAACUACAUCUCUUCUUUUUUUCUUCUCUCCCCCCGUUCCCUCUGCUCACUCUCGCCACCCACGCUCUCUCACUCUCCCUCUCGACCUUCUCCGCUCAACCAUCCCGCGAUACGUACCCGCGAUCCCCGUCUUAUCUUUUUUUUUCACCGCUUUUUUCUCUCACUUCUCUCUUCGCCUCCAAUCCACGCGCGUUUCAUUACAUUCGUACACACAGCCUGUGACUGCCGAUAAACCGAUCGGACCGAUCCACCGAUUCUUUAUCGCUGUUUCGAAACGGGCGACGCUGGAACAACGACGAACACGAAUAUCAGCCGCUAGUGCUAUCCAUCGAUCCCAACGAGGACAACGACGAUAGACUAUGAAUAAUAGUCAAUCCAAUAUAACGACAACGACUUGCGAGUUGAAAAAUCGCGACGCGCCCCCAUCGAUAACCCUAUCGUCAGAGGCUGAUGGGAAAGAGUGCCUGUUGUCGCCUCGAGGAAGGAUGUCGCAUUCACGGAGACAAAGCAUGUCCUUCACCGCCGUUAUGAACCAUCGAAGAGGUCUUCUCGGCGCGUUGAUUUCAGGUAUAGGCAGCAACAUGUCGCUACCCUCGUGCAUCCCUCAAGACCAAGAGUUUUUACCCGGGCAAACGGGAGCCGGGUGCAAAACGCAAUUGUUGUUGAACAAUCGGAAUCAAUCGGGGGAGAAGAACGAGCACGAGGCGCAAAAGCAACGGCCCAAUUUUCUCCCACUGGCACCUGUUGGCGCGGGCACCUGCGUGAGCGUCAACACUCUCGACCCGAUCAAAGCGAAGCAACGGAUGAUGGAAGAAAGAUCCAAGUCAAGGAGGAAUUGCCACGCGGAGAUGGUGUCCGUCAUGAGCACCCUUUACGCGAAAUUGUUGAUCGUGAUCGGGCUGGCCGUGCCCAUAACGGCCAGCGUCACGGAGAGAGUUCCAGCUUCGUUGAAUCAGGGUUUCUAUUUGUACCUGUACGUGGUCAGCGUGGCAUUCGUGAUCUCGAUGUACGUUAUCGUAUUAAGAGACAAAGCUGUUUGGAACGUGAAGCGGGGGAGCGGAGGGGGGAAGGAGCAGGCGUUGAAAUACGACGAGAAGGGGGAUCGCGUAAAUCCUAGUCAGACGCAACAGUACGGCAGCUUUUGUCUGAGACUCGGCGCUGUGGGAUUUGGCGCUGGCUCGUUGGUAUUUACGGGAUUGCAAAUUGGGGCGGAAAUAGCUUCCGGCCCGUUCAGGGCGAUUACACCGGGUGCCAGGCUGCUGCUGGUCACGGCCCAGAUGCAUUUUAUAUUUCUCAACAGUAAAAGUCUCAGCUUGGCCAAGCACACCGCACUUGCCAAGUUGGGUCUGAUGCACAUGAUCGCGACGAAUCUCUGCGAGUGGUUACAGGCGUUGGUCGAGGAAACUCAACACGAGAUCGAUCAGCUAGGCGACACGCGCGACGACGAUGACGGGAUACUGAAAUCGCUUCUGAGGGACGCGAGCCCGUUCCUUUUCCCGUGCACAAUUGAAUUCAGUUUAAUUUGCGCGGUGAUACUGUUCGAGAUGUGGAAGAGGGCGGACGAGAGGAUCGAUGCAAAGAGCGAGACCCCGGCCAGAUCUUCGUAUCAUCUUAGCAUAGAUUGCAGCAGCUCUCACAGAGGUCUCUUCGGCGGGAUAUUGAUCGUUGCAGCGACUAUAUUGAGCUUGAUCAUGUUCUUCGUCCUCAAGGAGACGAAAAUGGAGAUUGCGAUCGUUCAGGUCACCGCGCUCGACGCCACUAUACUCACGUUAAGUAUGAUCGCUUCGAUCGCGGGCACGUUGAAGUUGCAAGCGUUGCAGCAGAAGAUUAUCAAACCAUCGGACUUGGACACCACGCUGUUGGCAGCGGCUCAAGCCGGGGUCUAUCUGCAUUGUCUGUUCGGGGUUGUUGGUGAUAUAUUGACAAUGGGACCGACCUGGGCGUUAUCGCUGAUCACAGAUUUGUUGGCCUUAAUGCAGAGCACCAGCCAGACGUUGCUCAUCAAAAUCGCAUGGGGAAGACGUUGUUCGAGAAACGACAAGCCCGGCAAGGAAUUGAUCACGUUCCUAAUAGUCGUCAACAUCGCCUUGUGGACGGUGAACACUCUGGAGAAAUCUCGCGCUGGGGUACGCCCGGAUCACCUGCGAUUCUUCGGGGUAUGGGCAUGGACGAUUAUCACUCACGUGUCCAUGCCAUUGGCUAUAUUCUAUCGGUUCCACUCAGCCAUAUGUCUGUUCGAGAUAUGGAAGACGUGCUACAAAUGCAGAUCGAACAGCGUCGUCCACACCCCUUACUGAAUCAAACCUGCUUCGUUCUCGAAAUUCUCGUUCUUGAUUCUAGUUCGUUGAAUUGUUAUUCGAUAAAAAUUUACGUUACUUUCAAUAAAAAGCGAAAAAAGGCCACGAGAAAAGAGAGAAAAACGCUUUCGCGUUCUCUUUAAUUACCAUUUAACCGAGAGGAGGAGGGGGAGGGGGAGGAGGAGGGGAGAAAAGGAGCGAUUCUCCUUGGAGAAUAACAACAUUACGAGUACUCGGAAAAGGUAGACUUGUCCGCAACGUUUACGGUAGUACGUUGCACGGUAACUUCUAAGCUGGCUCCAAAGACAAAGGGUAAAAGGGGCGCAGUUUCAAAGCUGGCGCUCCGGCGUGGUGGGCCGCCGACGACGUGGACGUGGACGAGGACGGGGACGAGGACGCGACGUGGCAUGGCCGACGCAAAUCGAUAGAGAGGGGUGCGUACUACUUUUAUCGGUGUACCACACGGAAAAGAUAGACGGUUAACGACGACGGUGGACGGUCGACAGUUUGAUACGGUUUACGGUAAACACAUUUCGGUAGCAAUCACAUCAGCGGGGAAAGCAAGCCUCGGCCGGCGCUGCAGCGAGAAGUAGGUGAUGCUUGGGUGGUUGGAGAAAGCGAGCGAGUGGUCGGUGAAGAGCUCUUAGCCAACCCUUUGUUGCUCCUGCCACCGCUAUUGCGUCCCUCUUCCUUCCUUCGUCGCUCCCUCCCCUCCUACUCCCCCAACUCCUACUCCUAAACGGAGUAGCAGGAGGCCGCACUCUUGACCAAAGGCCUCUGAUUUACUUAGCCUAUCGAGUGCUCUCGGACUCGUCUCGACCAAGAAUACCACGUACGCGUGUUCACCGUGUACACCGUGUGUUCCGAAAUUUCCAACUUAAUGCUCCACUUACUGUCCGUCCAUCUUCCGCGCCGAGAUCUCCUGAUUGCCCGCCCGCCCUUGUGUAAAUAACUUUCGGUCAGAGGAGGAGGAAAUUGAAACUCCUUCACCAUUUUUCGUUUCCCUCGUUUCCAGUUUUUCUCCAACGAACGCGCGUAAAGUGUCGCGAAUCGAUAAUCGUUCCGAGGAAUUUUGCCGAAAAAAGAAGAAAGAAAAAAGAAUAACGCGCAUGAAUCUUCUCGGGAAAGGAGAAAGAAGGGGAGGGUGUUAGGCUGGCAACCGUCGCAAUCCUCUAACGUAGGUUCGCCGAUAGGUUUUGUUUUUUCUCCGGAUUUAAAGCGGGGGAUUUAGCUCUACGUGUCUACCAGCAACCGGUAUCGAACGCAAUCUGCAACGCGCAACUGCACGGCGGGAGGAGAAGAAAUCUUAGAUUCCGGCCCCCCUACGGGGCCGGAUAUCGAUGACCGUGUACAACGUGCUCCAACGAAAUUGCCGGGAACUCGAAUUUAUUCGAAACGAAUGGCGCGCGCGACUAUGAAUGAAAUUCGUACGUCAAUCUAGCGCCAUCAGUCGCAAUCCAUUUAUCUAAUUUAAUUUACCGUGGAAUUUAAAGUCGCCCCAUAAGCGGGGAUCGUAAUUGUCGUAUAACGAGUCAUCUAUUAACGAUAAUAGUUAUUAUCGGGUUGAAUCGGCCACGCAACGAGAAUAUCGAUUAUUAUUAUUAACGACGAGAUUAUUUAUAGCGGGUACACCUUGAAAGCGAAAUAAUCAAGGACCGCGUUGCGAAUUUGCAUUCAACUAUUCCGCAACCGACGCGAAAACAACAUUUCGCGCGAGUUCAAGCAUUUUCGCGAUAAUUCGGAAUACGGCGGAACGCCCCUUCGAUCGGUCAUGGAAAAAUCUCGCAAUUUAUCGGGUUUACCGAUCCCAUCCCGUCGAUUCCAACGUUGGCAGGAAGGAAGCGGGGAGAACGGAAAAGGAAAAAGAGGAAAAGGCGACGCGACAGCGACAGGACGAGGAAACCUUGAUAUAUCCGCCAAACACAAGGAGAGAGAACGCCUUGGCGGAUUUAUCGGAGCCGCAGAUAAUGGAUGGUCUUCGCAGCAGGGAAACUUUUUUAAAUAAUACAACGUGCAACUGGCGGAAGCGCUUCGAUCCUACGGCGAUUUGAAAUACCGCUUAUAUAUAUAUAUAUAUAUAUAUAUAUAUAGGAGAAACUCUAUCCCUCCUUCCUCUUUUUCCUCGCAAAUACCGCGGGGGAAAUAAUGGUUCGCCAAAAAGUGCAAUAGCCAAUUUCUUGUCGGGCGUCGUCGCUGCGAGGGUGAAAACGUAUCGAUACGUGAAAUCAUCGAGCGUUCGAAAUAAAAUUAUCUCGGCGAGAGCGGAGCGUAAAGGAGCCCGUGCGAAGGGUCAGCGGCGGUUCUCUUUCUCGACCCAAUUACACGGGGCUUUAAUGAAUUUUCGAUAUACUCGCCGCUCCACGUAAAGCGCGGUGAUAAAAAGAACCGGUAAAAACAAGUAAAUUAUUCGGUGGCUGUCGAUGUGGCCGAAAUAAAAGCCGGAAGGACGAGAACUUUGAAGGCGAAAGAAAUGACAAUGGUAUUAGCGGGGCAACUACCGCCAUCGGCUUAAAUACCAUCGGCGGUGAUAGUGUAGUCGAUUGGACGAUCCUCGGGAAUGUAUUUAAUUCGAUUGGACUCUGCCGCCAUCUGGACGAGACAAGAGAGAAGAAGGGAGGGAAACUCGAAGCUGGGGUGAGGGAACCUCUGUUUCCGCCGGAAAUGAGACCUUCGCGACUCGUACUCCCAUCCUCCGCUACCCCUUUUGCCUCCUCCUCAACGCCCUCUCGAGCCUCCUCAACCCGGCCAUGGUCGUUCCCCUAACCGAAACAUCUAUCGCCCUCUAUCUCGAGGGCGAGAAUGCAAAUUGUAUUUAUAUUCCAUCUCUCGUGGCCAGAUAAAUAUUUCAACCAACCAACCAUGCUUACCUGUGUUUCCCGCGAAACUUGUUUUCCGCAAAUCAUUGAAAUCCACUUCCCGAGUUAUCCGCGUUUCCCACUUUUUACAACCUUCACCGACCCCGCUCUUUUCCUUCUUCCUCGUUUCCUCGCUUCUCUUCCUCUUUCGAAUAUUUAAAUAUCUAUCAAUGUAUGCGUGUUACAAAAUUCUCUCUCUUGUCGAUUGUGCGAUUGAAAAUAACCAUAACGAUUUGACAGCGAUAUUAUCAUCGUCGAUCGCUCGAUCGUUUAUUGCGAUUUGAUUCGAUUUGCGAUUGAAAUGCACACUCGUGUUCCGAGGAAUUAAAAUAUAUCCUAUCGUUUCUAUUCUUCUCACCGUGUUUCCUGCUAUGACAAAGACUGCACAAUGGAUGAAAGCGAACAUCUUAAUAAAAAAAAAAAAGAAAAAAAAAGAAAAGAAAAUAAAAUAGCAAAAAAAGUAGACGAAACGAGGAAAAAUCAGAGUCGAAAAGGCUUACUAAUGCUCUCUCGCAGCUCCGUUGAAUGUCGCUUGGUCUCCGAGGAUGUAAUUUUCGCUGUAUGCCCGGAUUAGAAGCCAGCUCGUCGGGGGCUCCACGUUACGCCGAUUGAUAAGUAUUGCCCAUACCUCUUGAAUACACUAGAACUGGAAAAGGGAUUCGAGAUGAUCUCAAAGCGAUCGAUUGGCCUCGACAUGACGUCACGGGUCACGGCGAUAGGCUGCUGUUACGUCUCGUUAAGAAUCCAGGUACUAUAAUAGCACGGAUUAAUGAUAAGAACAUAAGGGCAGAGCAACCGUGCAGUUUGUUGGAACGUAAAAGCUAUUAUUACGAUACCUGUCGUUGCUACUUCAGCGAGAUUGAUUUUACUUAACGUCUCGAGAGAAAAAGCUUCAUCGAUACCUUCUCGGAUACCUAAAUCUUAAAAAACCAAUGAGUUUAUAGUAUAUAAAUGUGCAAUAUAUAUAAUUUUAUAUAUAAAUUUUUCUAUAUUUAAUGUAUAUAAGUUUUGUGCAGGAGAUAUUUUAUUCAAAAAUAUUAAAAAAAUUUCUCAACCUUAUAUUAUGUGUCUCGAUGAAAUCGAUAUCCAUUUAAAGUAUAAAAAUUGCUGAUCGAAAGAGUGGAUUAUACGAGCUUGCUAUUCUUGAGAAAAGGGAGGACAAAACUUUUGCUAGAUGGUAUUUCUUAAAAUCAGGUAAGCGGAUCAUUGGAAAAUUCGGUAAAAAAAAAAAAUUUCAAGGAAAAAUUUGCCGAUGUAAAAUACUCCUUUUCUAUCCUUUUUUAAUUCCAAAUAAUUUUAGGUAAUUUUUCUGUAAAAUUAUCGAUAAUUUUUAAUAAUAUGAUACAAAAAAAUAUUCAAUGAUUCAUAUGAAAUAUUAUUAUUUCAUGAUAUUUCUUUAUUUAAGUCCUUAAGACUAAGAAUUACAUUGUUAUAUAAUGCAUAACCGACAAGAUAAGAAACUUUCAAUAGUUUAUAGUUUUUCUGCUGAUCCAACUCAAUAUAUAUACCAUUAUAAACUUGAUAGUACUGGUGCAAUAAUGUCUUAAUCACAUUGUGUUUCAAGCGAAUUUUUACUUUAUUUUCCUCAUCUGAAGUGCUGCAAAGACGCUCAUAGAUAUGCCACCGAUUUUUUUUAAUGAUAAUGUCACAACAAAUUAUUUACUUGUCUUUUAUUCA